CUGCAUAUUAAUUGCAAGAAAUUAUUCAGUAACUUCAUCACUUUUUGUCUGCGUUUGCUACUUAAACAACGCAGGGCGGCUAGCAAAGACUAAUCUGGAAAAACUCCACGUUAAUUCUGCUUGAUAUGAAAGCAGUAGGUGGAUUAAACUUAAACUUCCUCCAGUUUGGAGUGGCUAUAUUAGCGAUUAUAGCCUCCCAGCAUCUUAGCCACAGUUUACGGCUUUUUGACAGGUAAGGGUAAAGAAGUAUCAAUUUUUUAUAGCGACUUAUAAAACGCAUAUUGGGAAACCUGUUUCAAGCGGACGACAAAGUCAAAGGACGCCCUGUAUUAAGAAGAAUAUAAUAAUAAUGAUUAUGAUUCCUGGGCAGUAUUUGUAGCACAAAGCUAAAGGCUAAUCAGUGGCUGAAAGAAACUGAGUGAGUCGUUCCGAUGUUUGACUUUCUGUAAACACCGGAAAUUGCCGGUAUAUAGGGCGCAACCGACUAGGAUGGAGGGUUCAAGGAGCUAUAUUCUCGGUCACAAAUAUGUUGAAACAAAAUCCCUUCAAUGGUGAUCUUCGAGGCAGACAUGAACGCAGCAUUGACGUGGGAGAAUUUAACAAUACAGGUCUUAUGCCAGUACCUUGGGCUUUCGAAAACUGUUAUAGCGAAAGUAUAAGUGGAGUCGAAACGGCACCUGUCCAAUCGGGAACCCCGAUAUUGCAGAGCCCCAAACAGGGUUAAAAUUCGUACAAACAUAAGUUCCCUAUAAGUGACAUGAGCUGUAAAAACAAGAUAAGACUCAUUUCCGCGUUACGCUAUAGUUUUCAGACUCAAAAGACAGUUGGAAGAAUAAAAAUCAAGCGGGUGAUCGAUUAACAAGAUCCAAGUUCAAACGUUUCCUUAAUAAUUGUUUUAUAUUCUCGUUUGAAGCAAAAAUGUUUUCUACUGCGUAUACCCCCGGAUCGGAAUAGUGAGGGGAGAUUUUGCUAAGCAUGAAAAAUUUAAAUUCAUCAAGCUAUUUCUAUAUAUUCUGCUCGGUACAACGUGUUUAUUGUUGUUCCGAUGACAACUUGUGAUGAUGUGACUCUGCUGUCUCAGUCCCUUGAAUACAAAAAGACGUAUGCAUCAUGGCGGAUAAAGGCCUGGUAUGCAUCGUCAAUGGUUCCCACUUCUUGUUGCCUUUUUUGUGUUUUUUCCCUUCUUAAACAGAGCUCAGAAAUAAAGGAUGAAUAAAACGUCUCUCUACCAGUUUAGACUUCUCGCCCGAGUUGGCCUUUUUAAUUAGGAAGCUUAGCAAAGACGACGAGAACGGAACUAAAAUAGUAAUGUGUUUAGAUAAACAAAACAACAACUUUGCCCAUUCAGCACAAUUUUUUGGUCACAUUUCUUUGCCAUCCGUACACGACCACGACGUGAACCUGCCAAUUUUCAAGUUUUGUUGAGGACGUGACAAAAGACAACGGUUUUCUAAUUCGUUUUUUAAACUUGGAUACAUUUCUGUAGAAUUCGACUCCAGAAAAAUUAAUCAAUAUUCGAAAAAUUGAACAACAUGGAAUAUCAGCGAUGAAUUUUGAAAAAGUAUGAAUUCGCUUUUUACCAGAAGUUUUCGCCUACGUCGUCGUUGCUUAAGCUCCCCGGAAGGUCGAAAACGAUGCAAAAACGCUAUCAUGUCUAUCAUUGACGGGGAGCAUCAAUUCAUUUUUUACGCGGCCGGAAAGAGUGUCGUUUUGGUGCUUAAAUGUUGGGUGUAAGAUCUUCCCUUAAACUUUGCUUAAGUUGAAAUAAUUUCAAAAUCCCCCCUCCAAAAUUCCUAAUUAAUGACACAGCAAAAGAUGCUAACACUAUAUUAGAGGCAUUUAUAGAGGCAAGUUUAAGUUUGCCGUAGUGCUUUUUCAUAUACAGGAGUUGAAACUGUUUGAUUGUUGUGCGAUUAUCUUAAGACACAAGGUUCUGCGAGUGCAACCACAGACUGAGGACCACGUAAGCUCCCUGAGGGAAUUGCUACAAAGCUGGAAUGGUGCUGUAAGUGAAUACAUUAAAACAAAUGAUGAUGUUCCUGGUGGGCCGUUCGUACCUUGUUAAGUAAGAAAUUUUUUUCCCAACAGCGCACGCUCUCAUUGGUUACUUCAUGCUAGGCCACUUUUUCCCCGUCAAAGUCUCUGAGCGAGCAACAUUGCAAAAUCUAUGACGUUAGAGGGUAACAUUGCGCUGUUUAAUACCGUUGGCCGACGACCGCCGUUGUAGCGAAGUUUAAUGAACUUCCAGCGUUAAAAUUUCCAGCUAUAUAAUAAGUCGCUUAAGGACUGGUCCCACGGAAAAUAGUUAAUUUUGUUUCCCUCGGCUCUGCCUUGGGAAACAUUGGGAUUCUCGAGAAACAAAAUUAAGCUUUUCCCUCAGAGCCAGUCAUUUAGCAAUUAAUGAACGAGGCAGAGUAGGGUAUGAAGAAUUAAGCAGAUCGAGGAGGAUGUUAUCGGGCCGAGGUCGAUAACACCCUCCGAGAUCUGCUUAAUUCUUCAUAUCCGACGAAAGCCGAAUUCAAUAAUUGCUUUAUUAUUCAUUCAAAAAAAUUCCCAGUUUAUAAAAAACAUAGCUAAAACAUGCUUACCUGCAUCGAUGUUAAGUUCAGUCUUCCAUAGUGUACGUUUAGGUUUGUCCCGGCUCCGCAAAUAUUCUCCAAAUAGCAGAUGUCGCCCUCUGAGUUGUCUUCUUGCUGUUUUCGCCCUGUUUUUAGCUAUUAUUUCUCCUAGUUCCGGCUGUAGGUCUUACUCUUGAAACGUGUGAAAUGUCCGCCAUUUUUUUUCACAACCAAAACAACUCAACCUCGUCCCCAGGUCUUCUCGGCAACGGUGCUCUUACGUAACUGGUUAUGGUGAAUUAUGCGUGUGCCAAUCAGAAUUAAUUAGGGAAAUAUUUUGAAUGAAUAAUAAGUGUUCUUAAGGUGGCUCGACUGGAUUUUUUUAGGGGGAUACCUCCCAAGUUUGAGCCUUAACUACGUCGGCAUGAGUAAAGAUAUGGAAAAAAGGUUACCACAACAGUAUUACAUAAAGAUGAAAAUUUCUUAUGAUCUGGGUUUUAUUGCAAUCAUAGUCGCCAUGGCAACGUAAUGACGCCAUUUCGUUUUUCAUUUAUCUUUGUGUUUCUCUGUACCAGGAGUUUUUUAAAGAAAUCGCUUAAGGGAGUAUGUACCUGCCAUAAUUGCCUCCAUUAUGGCAAGGUUUGAAGAAAUUCUAUGAGAGCGUUUUCGAAAUAUUUUGAAAUGCAGUUUUAAGAAUCAUAAAAACAGUGAAAUAGCAUGCUAGCCGCACAAUUCGCUAAUAUUUUAAGAAAAUGAUAAGCUUUGGGAACGCGGCUUCAUCUGAUAGUGGAUUGAUUCCAUUGAAAACUGCAUACAAAAAAAGAGGGGAAUUGCUCUGGGCGAUCGCGAGCAAGAAGGAUUUUAUUAACUUGCAUUCAGAUGCUUUUGACACAGUUUUUGGAGGUAAUUUGGUCCACGCCUAAAAAUUUCGCAUUUUUCCAAAAACCGCUCGAUAAAUUUUUUUAUAAAUUCGACAAUCCCGAGAUCAAUCGUCAAGAAAUAUUCUCUGCAAGUUUUAAGAACAUUGAAAACGGGGAAGGCUUUUAAAUAGGGCCUCAAAUAUAGCCAAUUUUCCCCCCAGAUUUUGUGUUUACAAGCGAGCGUCCUCAUUAUUCACUGGCAUUGUUUUCAAGUUUCAUAUACACGUGCACAUUUAGCAAAAAGAUAGAAUUUGCAUCAAAAAGGACCCUCGGUUAAAGCUCCGGGAUAUGCUAAUUACCGGGUAAAGAGGUUAGUGAUACAUUUUUAACAUCAGAACAAUUCUUUGUGACAGUUUCUGUGAUGUUAUAACCCGAUUAAGAUAAUUAAGUAUUGCUUCCUACACGAUGAGCCGUGACGUUCACCGUUUCGGCUCUCAUUGCUAUCUGUGAGUACAAGCCAAUUAUUAGCAUAUACCGGAUAUUUCUUUGGAAAGUAAUUUUUGAUGCAAAUUUAUAUCUUUUGCUAUUUGUGCACGUGCAUAUGAAACUUGAAAACAAUGCCAGUGAAUAAUAAGGACGCUCACUUGUAAACACAAAAUCUGGGGGGGAAAAUCGGUUAUGUUUGAGUCCCUAUUUAAAAGCCUUCCAUGUUUUCAAUGUUCUUGAAACUUGCAGGGAAUAUUUCUUGACGACUGAUCUCGGGAUUGUCGAAUUUAUAAAAAAAUUUAUCGAGCGGUUUUUGGAAAAAUGCGAACUUUUUAGGCAUGGACCAAAUUACCUCCAAAAACUGUAUCAAAAGCAGCUGAAUGCAAGUUAAUAAAAUUCUUCUUACUCGCGAUCGCCCAGAGCAAUUCCCCUCUUUUUUUGUAUGCAGUUUUCAAUAGAAUCAAACCACUAUGAGAUGAAGCCGCGUUCCCAAAGCUUAUCAUUUUCUUAAAAUAUUAGCGAAUUGUGCGGCUAGCAUGCUAUUUCACUGCUUUGAUGAUUCUUAAAACUGCAUUUCGAAAUAUCUCGAAAACGCUCUCAUAGAAUUUCUUCAAACUUUGCCAUAAUGGAGGCAAUUAUGGCAGGUACAUACUCCCUUAAGCGAUUUCUUCAAAAAACUCCUGAUACAGGGAAACACAACAAUAAAUGAAAAACGUAAUGGCGUCAUUACGUUGCCAUGGCGACUCCGAUUGCAAUAAAACCCAAAUCAUAAAAAAUUUUCAUCUUUAUAUAAUACAGUUGUGGUAACCUUUUUUCCAUAUCUUUACUCAUGCCGACGUAGUUAAUGCUCAAACUUGGGAGGUACCAACCCCAAAAAAUCCAGUCGAGCCACCUUAAAUCUCUUUAUCGUGGGGCAACCUCGUCCUCAGGGCUUUUCCCUAAAAUAAUGGGAAAAGCCCUUCGAGACGAGGUUGAUCGUGGGGAUCUAGAGAAGGGGCCUGGAGUCCCGGAACAAGCUUUUUUUUUUUAGAUCAAAACCACAGGUAGCCCAAGUGUAAUAUGAGAGUUUGUAUGGGAAAUAAAGAGUUUGUAACUUGAAUGAAAUAAAUGAACUAAAAGCAAUAAAAGUUAUAAAUAAAGUGUAAAUAUUGUUACUUGAUGUCGUUGACUUUGUUUUACGAAGUUUCAGCGCGAUUUGAGUACUUUUACAUCAUUUCACCUGACAGUGUGGUAAUAUACACUGUCAGGUCAAAUGAUGUAAAAAUACUCAAAUCGCGCUGAAACUUCGUAAAAACAAAGACAACGACUCCAGGUAGCAAUAUUUACACUUUAUUGAUAACUUUUACCUCUUUUAGGUCAUUUAUCUCAUCUAAGUUUCAUUUUCCAUAAAAACUCUUUAUUUCCCAUACAAACUCUCAUAUUACGCUUGGACCACCUGUAAUCAAAACCAAAGCCCGCGAGACUGAGGGCAGUGCUGAAGACGCGGUUGGAAGGCUGUGUAUUCCGUUGGGAGCAAGGGUUUCCGCCCUUGCGGUGAAAAACAAACAAAAAAACAGGCAAACAAACAACCAAAGGCAAAACGAAACGAAAACAAAAAAACGCGAAAAUAGAAAGAAGCGCGUCCUAGCGGCUGUUAUCGCCGCUUUGGAGAUCGACGCCAUAACGUUCAAAGUUAAUAUGGAUCCUAACGACUCGUUUAUGCGCAGGUUAUCUUGUUAAUUAUUUUAUGGACCUAUUGCGGACCUAUGAGCUAGUUGACAGUGAACUCAGGUAAAAAUUGGAAGAUAUUGUGCAACGCAAAUUUAAUGAUCGAUUGAUUUUUACAAAGUUUAUAAAAAUGUGCGUUUAAAAGGUAUGGAAAACCAGACGUUUCGAGAGUGCUCCCUCCUCCUCAGUGGUUUAUAGCAACUGAAAAAAGCACGCGCAAUGUAACGUUUAAGUACAAAUCAAAACAAAGGCUAACGUUACAUGCGCGCGCUAACUUUGAGUAGUUCAAUUAAAGUUAAAGUCCACAUUCGGUCCGGCUGGUGCGAGUGUUCGGUGUCUGAAUAUCAUUCUGGCCUCAAAACUGCGCUUCUCUGUUGCACUUCUGAAGCCAGAACGAAUCACGCAUACCAGCAUGUCACCGACGCUGUGACCAGGGGAUGUAAAGAGGCGGCCAACGACAAGGCCUGUGUCAGGUAGUCGGGUGGAGCGUAAAUGUGAACUUAGGUACCACUCUGAAUAUACUGAUGCGUAUACCUACAAGCCUAUUCAAUGUCUCAACCUUCGAAGUCGAAGGAGUUUAACGAGUAGUUUAUCCGAAGGUUAUCACCAGUGUUGAUUAUUUUAUGGGCCAAAUGCAAACCUAUAAGCCAGUUGACAAGGAACUCGUGUUUCACUCUGAAAUAUACUGAUGUGUCUUUAACCCUAUUCAAUGUCCCAAACAUAUGUAGCUUGAUGUAUGGAAACAAUCGUCGAUUCCGGGAGAGGAAGUCCACGUUCAUUUGGGUCCUGAUGCUAUUGAAGAUUUCAAGUCAGAUCUAACAAAAAGAAGUCUAAAGUUUGAAACAAUGAUCGAAGACACGCAAGCACUGAUUGAUAACGAAGGCAUGUGCUGUUCAGAAGGGGAUGAAGAUAAUUUUGACAGCUGUUAUCAUACAGUAAAUGAGGUAAGGACAAGAAUUAAUUGCAUUCAAACCUUCUUAAUGCGAUGAGCAAGGGGACAAGAACCAGGAACCAUCUCAGCACUAAAGCGCACACUACCAAAUCCGCGGUAUGGCCAGUACCUUAGAAAUGCGUACAAACAUAUAUCCCGGACAGUGGCAGCCCGAUGCACGGCUGUUUCGCCCAUGUCCACAUUAUAGCCCUGGUUUCCUUUUAGAGCUACAAUCGGCGACAAAAUUUUUGAGAUAUUGCAAUCAAAUAGGAUAACUUCAGAGCAAAAUAAUCAAGGAAGAAAAAGCUAUGUUUUCCUUUUUUGAAGUCAAGAAAACGUCAAAAAGCCCCUUUAGGGGAAAGUGUCUCAUCUCAUUUUGUCGCCGAUUGUAGCUAGGGAUGUAUGAAAUUUUGUGUCUUUGCGAAAUUAGGACAGUUCGCGGGAACAUGAAGGAACUCGGUACCUAAUGAGGCCCAGUUCAAACGUCGAAGUUUCAUGUACCGAUCCUGAUGAAUAAAUUACUAAAACUUAUUUCACUGGUAAACAUUGUAGACUGUUGUACAUCGCGAAAAUGAGUUGAUUCCGACUAAUUUUAAUUAAUUAAAGUUUGAAGUCUGAAUCAACCGUCAAACUUUUAUCGUUUGGAUCGACCCAAAUUAAAUAGCUGGUAAGUACGGGGCAUGAAAAGUUCCACGUUUGAACUGAGGCUAACCGGCUAACUGAAAGAUGUGUUUUUAUUAUCGGCUUUUGAUCAAAUGUUUUCUUUUUCUCAAACGUUACAAAAUAUAUCAUAUGAUCAAAACACAGCUAACCAGGGACACAUUGAUCAGCACUUUAAUUUAUUUGUCAUACUUUAGAUUAAUCCAUGUUCUAAAAGCUGACCUUGUUGUGAGAAACGUUGUAAGAAUUUACUUGACUCGGUAAAUAUUUUUCCUCAAACCAGAUCCAUGAUGAACUGUUCCGAUUGAGGAAAGAAUACCCGGACUUGGUGAAGCUCGUAAACGUGGGAAAGUCUUACGAGAAGCAAGAUAUGUUAGGGAUAGAGGUGAGAUCUAGGCCGCAGCGAAAAUGGAAACUCCGAUCCACCGAUGAGCACAUUCAAAAGAUAAGAUAUCAAAAAGGAGAAAACUUAAUGUCAUUAUAAGUUUUAGACACCCUUUUCAGGGAUGUAGGUAACUAGUGCUGACUUUUUUGUGUCACUUAAGAGAUUUUUUAAAUUCGUGUCAAAACCGUUCUAAAAAUGAACUGGUCAGUGCAAAUGCGGCGUGGCACAAGUACAUGGAAGUUGUUUGCUCUGGGGUAUAGGUUCCUGUUUAUAAUUAAGCCAGAAAUAGAGCUCACCAGAACUCAAACAACCUCUCCCUAUUUUGCUAGGUUUGAAUUUACAGUCAUCUUCUUUCCUCAGAUUAAACAAAACACACCCGAUGCCAGUGAGCGAGGUUUAGUUUUUAUACUUUGCGGAAUUCACGCCAGAGAAUGGAUCAGUCCAGCGACUUGCAUGUACAUAUUACGUCAAGUAAGUAGAUUCGAAUGUACCUCGACAACUAGCUUUAUUUUCAUUUAAAUCAAGUUGAGAGACUCUUAACAAUUCGUUCAUUCAUUCAUUCAUUCAUUCAUUCAUUCAUUCAUUCAUUCAUUCAUUCAUUCAUUCAUUCAUUCAUUCAUUCAUUCAUUCAUUCAUUCAUUCAGUCAGUCAGUCAGUCAGUCAGUCAGUCAGUCAUUCAUUCAUUCAUUCAUUCAUUCAUUCAUUCAUUCAGUCAGUCAGUCAUUCAUUCAUUCAUUCAUUCAUUCAUUCAUUCAUUCAGUCAGUCAGUCAGUCAGUCAGUCAGUCAGUCAUUCAUUCAUUCAUUCAUUCAUUCAUUCAUUCAUUCAUUCAUUCAUUCAUUCAUUCAUUCAUUCAUCCAUCCAUUCAUUCAUUGUGCGAUUGCUUGGUCACAAUGUGGUCGGAGAGGCAUUAGCUAAAAAUGUUACGUAAAGAGAUGGAACUUGAGUUAAAACUAUACCUUAAUUCUGCUUUUCCUUUGGAACAUUAGCUUCUGGAAUCCAAAGAAAGUGAUGAGGGAGUUGCAAACAUGGUGAAUUCAUUUAACUGGUUUUUCCUGCCAGUUUUCAACGUGGAUGGCUACAGGUUUACGCAAGAAGUAAGUAAUACAGCGAGGAUAAUCAAUAGUGAUCAACGCGCAUACUAUAUUGUUCUUUGUUGGGGAAGGGAGAUUCCCCGAAUCCUCAUUCUCACUUCGCUUUGUUCACAGAUUUCGGCUAGUUUGCGUUGAGAAAUUGAAAAGGCUCCAAAUAGUCUUAAAUAGCUACAGGACUUCAGUAGAGUUUGGUGUUAAGAGAAAUAGCUAGAAAUUUUGAUUGGUGAUGCCGACCUGAAUACUUGGUUACCGCCGAUCGAUGCUGAGAGUUUUGUUCAUUUAAUGGAAAUAAAAAACUUUGUUGUCAACAGGUAGACCGUCUUUGGCGAAAAAAUCGAAGGCCGAUUCUCCUUACAGGCUCUGGUAAAGCAGUCGGCGUAGACUUAAACAGAAACUUUGCAACUGAAAAUUGGGGUUCGUAGUCAAUUCUAACUCUUUUUAUUAACAACACUUAAUUUAACGGGUUUUCAGAAAGAAAGAUUAGAUUUCUAUAGAGAUCAUUCAUUUUCCUUAGACUACUUGCAGUUCACCUUGUCUCCUAAAGCCCGACCGACUGAUAACCCAAGGAAAUGUUUUUCGUCGCUAACCGCUUAAACGUAAUCGACCAAUACUUGGGCAUAGGUGAUGAGCCGCUGAGGGAAUGAAAUCCAGCCCCUGUUUAGGAAAAAAAAUCCUAAAAUACAUACCCUGUUUUGUACAACAACCGUGCCUCAACUAAUUACCCUGUUUCGAACAAGAACAAACGCACCCGGUCUUGUUUUCAAGUCAUUUAUUGGCGACUGCAGCAGAGCAAAUUCACGUUAUAGCAAUUGCUAGUCAUUCAUGUUAUAGACUUUGACGCGGGAAGGCCCCGUCGAGUGUGUCUGGUGCUCUCCGCUCGCUUUGCUCGCCUGCAAAGCGAAAAAAUUACGCCUGUUCUUCGGGCUUAUAUUUGAACCAUUGCUUUAUUUAUAGGGCUGAAUGAUUGCGUCUCUAAAGCAAAUUGUGAAACUUAUCCUGGAGAUAAGCCGUUUAGUGAGAUUGAAACUCAAACCGUUGCCGCUUAUCUUAAAAGCCGUGCUUCAGAACUGGUCUCCUUCUUUGAUAUUCACUCCUAUUCACAGCUGUGGAUGGCCCCUUGGGGGAAUAAGAAUGGGACACCGGCUGAGUAUAAUCUAAUGGUGAGUCGAAAGACAAAUUAUUUAACGAAAAAAAAAAAGAUGAUUUAAAGGCUCGCACCAUGUGAGGAUAUCCCCUGGGCUUUGGAAUCCGGAACUCAGCUCAAGAAAUCCGGAAUCCGGCCCCAUAACGAUUGGAAUCCGGAAUCUAUCUCCCAUUGACAAGAGAUCCAGAAUCCAAUACAUGGAAUCCAGAAAUAAAAUGCACUUUUUUUGAGUGUUAAUGUAUUUAGCACGAAAUUACAAAUUGGGGACACUAUUGUUACGUUGUAUUUUUUAUUGACGGGGCAAAGGAGGUAUUAAAAUUUGGUAUGCUCACGAAACAGAAAGACUGAGAAUUUAACGAAGUUUUCACGUUAAUUUAAAGUCGACAGCCAACUCAUAUCCGAAGUUAUUUCGCAAUCAAUGCUUGACUUUUUGUUGUAAGUAGAAAUUCGCUAUAACUCCAUUUAAAACCCUUGAAAGUUGUUUUGGUAGUCAAAGUAUGAAAAUGAACAAACAUAAUUUUCGUUAUUUUUAAUGCCUUUUAAUUCUGUUGACUGCAUACAGAGACGUGUGAUGAAAGCUGGCACCGAAGCAAUAAGGUCCACAUCCGGGAAAGCGUUUAAAUUCGGACCGACUUAUCAAACAAUAUGUAAGUUAAAAUUAUACUGAAACUCAGUGCGUGUGUGAGUGCUAGUAAAUACUAGUUAUGUAGUGACAGCUAGUACCUUUACUUUUAUUGCUAUCCUCAGUUUCUGAGUUUUUUUAAUGCACUGUAUUAAAAAUAAUUUCCAUGUAGACCUUUAUUUUUUUAUUUUAUUGGGAAAUUUGCUUUAAACGAGCGCACGUUGAAUUCAUUAACAAUGUUGAACGAUAUCGUGUCAACGUGUUUUUAGUCGUUUGCAGAUCCAGGGGGAGGACCGGGGGUUCCGGGAGUUCUGGGGGAUCGGGGGGUCCAGGGGUCCGGGUCCCUAAAUGCACCCAUCAGUCUGGAAGAAAUUUAUAGCCUUUAAGUGACUGAGUGCAAGGAAACUUAAGGCUCACAAGUUUAGUGGUGAAAAAAUAGCUUACGGGUGCAAAUGAUAAGCUGUAAACAGGUUGUAUUAAAGUUCUAAGGGUGAGCUCAAGUUUGGACCCCUGUAGCCUGUUCCAGGCUCUCAGAUAGUAGGGAAGGCGCGAAAGAAAAAGGGACGCGAAAAAUCGGUCUUCGCGCUUUAUCAGUUCAGCCGACCAGACUAUCUCGGAGCCUGGAACAGGCUAGGACCCCUGGCUUCGCCCCUGAUUUGGCCAGGGUCUUUAAAAAACAGGCGUCCCAAGCUCACGUUACAAAAGUGGAAUGUAAUUUACUUUCUCGCAAGAGAGUCGGUGUCGCGUUACAGGCGACUGUUGAGACGUUGUGUAAGAAAUAAAAUACUGAGGCCUGAUAUUUAGCGUUCACAGACCUCAGUACCGUAUUUAUUCGAUUAACCUCCCAGGGCGCUUAUUAUAUUUUUGGACCUUGAGAGUGGGCGCUUAUACGAGGUUGGCGCUUAUUCGAAGCUGGGCGCUUAUUAAUUUUUUUUACCAUUUUCAGCAAGUGUAGUAUGUUUAUUUUGCAAUAAAACAAUAAAUGCUUACAAGAGCCAUAAAACGCGAAAAAGUAACAAAGCAAGGUUUCUGUAAAAUACUCUGAAGAAAUUUCCGUCGUCGGGGAAGUCUCUUAUUAGUACUUAUUCAAUUUCAAUUUCAAUCUCAUUGUCAGUGGUUGGGGUGGGGGUGGGCGCUUAUUUGAGUUUGAUUGGGAGGAGUAGGGGUGGGCGCUUAUUCGAGGCUGGGCGCUCAUCGACAUUUUCUCUUUUUAGGAUGGGUGCUUAUUCGAGGUGGGCGUUAAUUCGAGGUUGGACGCUUAUUCGAAUAAAUACGGUAUUUUAUUUCUCAUACAACGUCUCAACCCUGGGGGUCUCAACGGUCGCCUGUAACGCGACACCGACUAAAUUACAUCCCACCGCCGCUCGUAAGGUGAACUUGGGACGCCUGUGUUUAAAAUUGAUUUUUUAAUAAAUAAUUUUACUACUGUCCACUCUCUCUUAACUGACACCUCUAUAAAACGAACUCCAAGAGUUGGUCCCUGCCUUUCUUUGCUACUGAGUUUCUGUGUUUGACUCUCUGUAAGACGGACUUCUCUCUAAGACGGGCACUUAACCGGUGUAAAAGGCGUUCACUUAGAGAAGAGUUGACUGUAUUAAAGACCCGGAAGGGGGGGGGGUACUUCCUAGCUAUAGGCUAAUGGGGAUGUGCCACUGGAUUGGGUCGCAUUUUCAAGGCUACAAUGGGUGAAAAAAUUGUUGAGACUCAAACUAGGAUAACUUCAGAGAACAAAAGAAACCGCGCCCCUCCCCAGACCCCUCCAUUCAAAGUUUGGGUGUUUGUUGUUUUCUAUAGGUAGCUCGAACAUCGGCACAACAUUGCUUGGAGGGGAUGGGGGAGGAAAAGCUAUAUUUCCUUCUUUUGAAGUCAGUAAAACGCGAAAAAGCCCCGUUUAGGGCGAAGUGUCUCCACUCAUUUUGUCGCCGAUAGUAGAUUGACGAUAAUGGGGUUGCAUUUUCAUUAGUGUAUGGGAUCGCCUAUUUUCGGGAUUUUGGGGAUCAGAAAAUUCAUUUACGUAGGGAUUUAAAAAUGGGAAGAUUUUUACUUCAUUGAGUGUGAACAAUGUGUCAAUUCAACAGUCAGGAUGACCUAGUUAUAAAGCUUCAUAAGGUAGGUGCGUAAACAAAUAGUUACUAAGUUGGGAUCGCGACAAUUACAUUUUCCCAAAACUGACCAAGAUGGGGUCUAUAUUUGGCCACAGAAUAGACUAUAAUGGGGCAGGAGUUCUGAGAGGGCAGCGGCACAUUAGUAACCCAGCAAAAAUUAACCCAAGUAACCAACCCGGGAUUACAGAUCGAAUUGGGCAGGCUCGCUUCACUAUAUUCUAAGCUCAUCACAAUAAAGUUUCGAUAUUGCAUUUUUCAGAUCCUGCAUAUGGCAUAACAAUUGAUUAUGUGUACGACACGCUGGGUGUUACUCACUCGUAUACAAUAGAGCUAAGGCCAUCUGAUAAGGACGACAAUGGAUUUAUUCUACCCGCUUGUCAGAUCAUUGAUAGUGGAAAAGAAAUCAUGGCUGCUUUCAAGGCUAUCACCCCGAUCAUGGCAGAAAAUCCCAAGAGAAAAGUCAAAAGAGACAGAAAACUUAGGUCACAAUGA